UUUCCGCGGUGAUGCGGUGUCAGCUCGUGGCGACGAGAGAAACCCGUACGAAUCACUCGAGCUCCCAAGUCCAGUUUGAGACUUCCCGCAAGAAAAAAAGUUCAGUUUGAGACGGCUACGUGGCACGACGUAGCUGAGUCCACGACGAUGAUCGCAGGUUCCCGUUUGCUGUCGACUGAGCUACCAGAUACACGUCGGCGCACACGCGGGCUCCAACCAUUCUAUCCGUGCCUGCCGACCUGGUGGUACUGGUGCCCGAGCAUCCUCUGUCCAAUUCCAACGGUAUAUACAGUGAUAGCGAUAGAAUGGGGGGAUGCGUGUAUCCAAUUAUUAGAGCUCUCCUAUUUAUAGCUCACCUCUUCUAAUCUUAGCAUUCCAUUCCAUCUGCAUCCAUCGUCAUCUUAUUAUCUGAAAAUUCCUACUACUACUACUACUUGCUCCUCCGAUUCCCUCGACUCGGUCAGUCACGAGCGUACGUACGUGUCAAGAAGAAUGGUGAUCCUCAAGAGUUGUUCCGUGGACAGCGACGCGAGUGCCACGGGCUUCGUUCCGGAGGAGAUCGACCUGGGCGACGACGUGCUCGCCGAGAUCAUCCUGCGCCUGCCGCUGGACUCCGUCGCGCGCUCCAGGUGCGUCUCCAAGGACUGGUGCGCCGCCAUCGCCCACGGCUACCUCCGUCGCCGCCUCCGCCUGCACAUGUCCAUGAUCUGCUUCCCCGACGAUGACGGUGACGCGCUUGGAAGCAGCAGGCCCGUGUACGCGUGCGCCGGCGAGGGCCGCCGGCUCGAGGCCCGGGACCUCGGCUUCUUCCCGCUGCACGACACCGCCGCCUUCUCCGACGGGUGCAACGGUCUGCUCCUCUGCCGCGACCCCGGCGCGACGGAGUUCUACGUCGUGAGCCCGGUGACACGGAGCUGGGCAGCGCUCCCGAGGCCGGCCAAGGAGGCGCGGCUCUCCGUGCUGGCGUUCGACCCGGUCGGCGGGCAGCACUGCUACCACGUGAUCAACUUCACCGGGUGGCGCGACCGCGGCGCGGCGGUGGAGGUGUUCUCGUCGGAGACGCGGGCGUGGGCCGCGCGCGACGUGGAGUUCGGCGGCGUCCCCUCGGGCUCCCUCUCCGGCGCGGUGCACUGCCACGGCGGCGCGGUGUACUUCCUCGCCUCCGACCCGGACUGCGUCGUCCGCAUGGACCUCGCCGCCGGGGCCGGGCUCGCGUGCACGGUCAUCGACCUCCCCGAGCCGGCGGACGGCGACGGCCGCGUCGCGCACUCCGGCGGCCGGCUGCACUACUUCUGCAGCGACGGCGGGCUGCUCAAAGUCUGGUCGCUCGAGGACGGCCGCCCGCGCCCGCGGUGGCGCCUGAUGCACGCCGUGAGAGUCAGCGACGUCGUGGAGGUCGGCGGCGGGGGCGAGGGCGAGGUCAGGUUCCUGGCGAUGCACCCGGAGAAUCAGGCGGUGGUCUACAUAUGGUCGCCGUGGAAGGUCGUCGAGUACGACCUGGGCAAGCGAGAGAUGACCGGCGCGGCGUGGGAGUUCGGCAAGGGCGCGAGGAACCGUGUCGUCAAGGCGUGGCUCGUCCCGUCCUCGUGCUACCUGUCGGAUUGCUUUGCCGAUGAUGGUCUGGCACUGGCGCUGAAUUGUUCGGCAUGGAGCGGUGAGGUCUGAACCGUGCCUAACCCAUCGAACCGAGAUACCCCUAAAAAAAAUCUCAUCGCACCGAGAUGGAACGAUUUUCUUUUUGAGGGUCGAGAUGGAAUGAAUCGCUCCAUGGGUUAAUGCGAUCCGAUGGUUAGCAUGGCUCCA